UAUACGAUUACUAUACACACGUGACAUUUCAAUGGGCCAUAUAUGCACUGCGUCGGCAAAAUUUUUUUGUGUGAGAGCAGCUUUGUUCAUGGCUCCGCAAAUGCGAAGUGAACAGUCGUUUACAAAAUGCCAGCCGAGAUGGUAUUGAAGGAAAAUCAAUCGGAAUUUUGAGUUAAAAAAAUAUUUUGAUAAAUCUUCAAAGCACGUUGACUUUGAAUUCGUCGAACGUGUUGCUACUGUUUUAAGCAGAAGAGGUGUCAUAAACUUACUAAGUUUUAAGAAUUAUCGAGGAAGAAAAAGUGAAGAAUUUAUUGUGAAAUUCGAAAAUGUAUUGAAGACAUUCUAUUAUGGAGACAAAUAAAAAAUUAGCUAUGGAAAAUUUGGACAAACAAACAAUUAAUGGUACAAAUGAUUCAGAAACCGUCACAAAACCCGUUGCAAAUCUCGAUAAUGGUGGACUGCAAAAACUGCCGUAUCCAAAACGAAUAUUUCUCAUAGUUGGAAAUGAAGUGUGCGAACGGUUUAAUUUCUAUGGAAUGAGAGCAAUUUUGGCCUUUUAUCUAAACUACAAAAUGGGUUACACGGAAACGGAUGCUACCAUGUUGUUUCAUGCAUUUACGAUGAUGGUGUAUUUUGCAUGCUUCUUCGGCGGUAUUGUAUCGGAUGUUUGGCUGGGAAAAUUCCAUACAAUUUUGUAUUUGUCGUUCUUUUAUUCGAUCGGAAGUGUGAUCCUGUCGCUGAGUGCCAUUCCAGUCAUUGACUUUAUUUCACCGAAAAUCGCUGUGUUCAUUGGAUUAGUCCUGAUUGCUAUUGGUAGUGGUGGGAUCAAGCCAUGUGUAUCGGCUUUUGGAGCUGAUCAAUUCAAAUUGCCUGAACAAGCCGCUCAAAUAGCCACAUACUUUUCCGUAUUUUACUUUUCGAUGAGCGUCGGCACGCUUACCUCAACUACAAUCACACCAAUCUUACGAGCAGACGUCCAUUGUUUCGGCGAAAAUGAUUGCUAUUCACUUGCAUUUGGAGUGCCUGCCAUCUUGAUGAUCAUAUCGAUUGUAUUGUUUCUCAUUGGAAAAUCAUCCUAUACCUACGUUGAAACCUCAUCGGAAAAUAUGAUCAUUAAAAUCUUCAAAUGUAUUUCGCAUGCAAUCGCCACGAAGAGGCGCGAAGGAAAAUUGAGCCCACGUGAAAAUUUGCUUGACUAUUCGACUGAAAAGUAUGGAGCUCAGUUAGUUAACGAUAUAAGAGCUGUGACGAAUAUUUUGCUGCUCUAUUUGCCGUUGCCAAUCUUUUGGACGGUGUACAAUCAAAAGGGAUCGCGUUGGAUAUUCCAAGGGGCAAAAAUGAAUGGUGACAUUGGAUUUUAUGUCAUUAAACCUGAUCAAAUGCUGAUGGUGAAUCCUUUGCUGGUGCUUACAUUGGUGCCUGUUUUCGAAACCGUAAUUUAUCCAAUGCUCAACAAAAUUGGCAUUCGACGACCACUUCAAAAAAUGACAAUUGGCGGCAUUUUACUUGCAAUCUCUUUCUUUCUGUCAGCAAUUAUUGAAUUUUCGAUUGAAUCAUCGUCGGAAAAAUCCAUAAGCAUUCUAUGGCAAAUUCCACAAUUUGUUAUUCUUACGAUAGGCGAAAUUUUAUUCGCCGUAACCGGGUUGUCAUUUUCAUACGAGGAAGCAAGUGCAAAUAUGAAAUCAGUUGUCGUUGCAUACUGGCAUUUACUGGUGGCUUUUGGCGAAAUUUGCUUCAUUUUUGUAUCGAAAAUUACAGCAGAUCGUUUUACACAGGGCAAUGAAUUCGUUCUUUUCGCAGUUUUAAUGCUAAUUGAUAUGCUCAUUUUUGCAAUUGUUGCACGGAAUUUUAAAAGUCAAAGUCAAAGUAAAGGGGAUGCACGUUAGGAUCGAUAAAAUUUUGUAGUAGAGAACUGUUUUUUUAUCAAUUAUUAGAAAUUUUUGUAACGAGCUUAAUAGAGUAAUUUAGUUUUUAAUCAAUUUUAUCCGCGAUAAUAGGCUACACGAAAAAAUUAAUACUUUGUGAGGACACAUUUGCGUGCGGAAUCAUUUAUUUAAUUAUAAUUUGAAAUAAUGUUACCCUUUCAUAUCAAGUUUCAUUAAAUUAGAAUAAUUUACACACGAAAAUUAAGAUUAAAGCCAGACAUAUGGUUGAAUAAAUGUAUUUUUGCGUUUUUGGAAGUUUUUUUGCCACAAUUUUUAUUUUAUACGUCAUAUCCUUCGAUUUGAAGUCUAUUUUUGGUUGUUGUUGUUGUGUAAAAAUUGAUCGAAAUAUCAAUAAAUGACACAAUUCUAAUCAGAUGGAUUUUGUCCUUAAAAAAUUUUAAAAUGUCAAAAAGUGAAAAGUAAUUUGCUCAAAUUAAUAACGAAUUUGUCGAUGGACGUCUUUAAGCCCAAUGUUUUGCCUUUACAAACGCGGGCGGAAAAAAGAACGACGAACUUGGUUGAAUUCUUGACAACUUUGACACUUCGAUGUACAGUGUACACACACAUAUAAAUACGUAUGGUGGAUUGGAAAACGUCAACAAUGAACUAUACUAACACUUAGUGUAGCAAGUUCAUCGAAUGUGUGAACGGGUGACAAUAUUCGAUGACUUCAAAAUCAUAUGAAAAACCACACAAGUGUUGACAGUGCAAACUCACGAUUUUUUAAAAAUAUUUCUUUGGAAAACAAAUCGUGGAUUGAUGUCAUGUUUACAGUCGGAAACGUUAAUGCAAAAUCUCCAGUAUCCAGUUUCAGUCUACUUUGUAGAAAAUCACGAAGUAAUGAUGUUGAAACUAAAAAUAAUUAUUCUCUUAUACCUAAGCACAGUUCUUACGAAGGAGUUUUUAGAAAGCUCAAUAUCUCUAGCCCCCACCACUUUGAAACUUUUAAAUGUAGAUUUAUAUUGAUAAAUGUUGAUUUGAAUUGUUGUUUUAUUGCUGUCUCUAUCAAGCGUCGCACAUCUCUCUUCCUAUUGUUUUACGUCGAUUAGAAAAGUCUCUUUUUUCAGAAAAAAGUACAUUCCAUCGCUGAUAUCAAAAACCUUAUUUUGUUUUGAUGAAUUUUUCGAAAAUAAAAAACGAUCAGUCAAUAUCAAAAGAGUCAUUAUGAAAAAGUUGCGACAUUAAAUCGUGCAAAGGUUCGAGACACUUCAAUGGGCCACUAUAAAAUCGAUAUCUUAUCACAGCUAAUAAAUGAGAAACAUUUGAGAAAAUACAAAGUACUUCAUCAAAAUUACACAUGUUAACGGAACUCAUUAUAGAUAUCAGUCGCAUUUUGAUUAGUUGCAGAGAGAUUUUGUUCGGUGAGAAUAGAUUUACGGCACGGAUUUCUACCUCUUUUCUUAUUUUGAAUUGUUCUUUUGAAAAUUGAGCUAAUAAAAACCAUUUAACGAGUAGAAGAGUUGAUUUUUCCGUCAAAUCGACAAAUUAGUUCAAGUUCAAGUGUUGAACAAUGACGACGAAAUUGAGUAAUCCGGAAGGCAAAGCCACAGGUUUGAAUAAGAUUUGUUUUCUAUAAAUGAAACGAAACGCUACUUUGGACAGCAAAUAAUUUAUACUUGAAGACAAAAGUACAAUUAAUCUACACUGUGAAACGAGAUGCAAAAAUGAAAACGGAUAAAUUUUCAAGUAAAAAAAACUAUUUUAGGUAAAUGGUAUCUGUUUUUUCCUGCCAUCUAUAAGAACUUAAGAUUUAAUAAUAAAUCAUUUGAUAUUCGCCAAACCAAUCUAAAUGUGAAUCGAAAGGCGGGUGGCAUCUAGAACCAAAAACGCCGUAAAUUAGAGGAACAAAUUCUAUUCAACAGAAACGACGCAAGCGCACAUAUAUACAGUAUAUCAUAAAUAUUGGUAAAUGGUACCAUCCAACGGAAAAAAGUUAUCACACUGAAGAAGUAUGUUGUCAAAAUGGUGCUUUUUGUUCUUUCAGUUUGAACAAUUUGAAGCGCUGCUAUGGCAAGAAUACAAGCAACAAGGAAUAUUCACUUUUCUCUCAGGGCGGAAUAUUUCUGAAUUCGGCCACUGUGCAGUUUUCAUCCAAUAUGGAACAAAAAUGUUAUUUACAGUCUUUUCGAAAAUGAAAAAAGUUGCCAAUUGGAUACCAAAAUAGGCAAUUGUUCUAUGCUUUGUCCUAUCAAUUUCGUUCAAAAGUAAUUCUCAAACAGCCUCAAAUGAACUGGAUGAAUAGUAACAAAACGAAACGUAUAUCAGACACCACAUUGAAAAACCAAAGUCCAAUCACGGCAUUUUCACAUAUA